UUCUUUCUCUCUCCUUCCUUCCCGUUAGUCCUCCUUCCCUGACUCUCUAUCCCUCCCUUCCUCCAGCCUUACCUUUCUCCUCGUAAACCAUUCCUCCAUUUCUGCCCCUUUCUCUCUCUCCUCCUCCUCCUCUUAAACUCUCCUUCCUUCCCUGGCACUCUCUCUAUCCCUCUCUUUCGUCCUCUUAAACUAUCCCUCCAUUCCCCCUCUUCUUCCAUCUCUGACACUUUCUCUAUCCCUCCCUUUCAUCCUCUCAAACUAUCCUCCAUCCCUUCUUCCCUGCUCCCCCUUGCCCCCGUCCCCACUUCCCUCCCUGCCCCCCACAGCCCCGGGGUGAGGAUGGCGUCGGCUCCGGCGCCGGCCCUGCCGGAGUGGAAGCUGCAGCUGCUGGAGAGGAAGCGGAAGGAAGAGGAAGAGGCACGGCGCAGAGAGCGGGAGCAGCAGGACCGCAUGGCCAAGAUGCCAGCCUGGAAGCGGGAGAUCAUCGAACGCCGCCGCGCCAAGCAGGGCUCCGGCACCUCCUUCUCGGACCCGGAGGGCAGUGGCGGCGGAGCAGGGCCCCCCUUGGCUGUGGCGGGGCCGCCCGGCCCCGAGAUGGGCCAGAAGGAGAGCACCGUGCUGCAGGAGAAGAUUGGCCCGGUGCACCAGAACCCCUUCAUCCAGCUGGAGAAGAGGCGCAAGGAGACGGCGGCGCCGGAGGCCGAGGCGGCCAGCGCCAAGGCCAAGCAGUUGAUGGAGCUGUACGGCCAGCGCCCUGGGGUGAGGACCCUACGGGCCGACAACGUCAUCAUCAUUGAGUCGGUGCCGGGAGCAGCGCCGCUGGGGGCCGAGCGGCAGGGGGAGGCCAAAUCCGGCAGCGUGGAAUCCCUGAACGAGCUGCUGGCCCGGCGCGGCGGGAGCGUGACCGAGAUCCGGGCCGGCGAAGUCUUCAUCGUCAAAUCGGCCCUCAGCCGCAGCGUGGAAGACCUCAACUCCUUUGGCCAAAGCCGCGGCGAGGCCGAUUGCCGGCCGGGGCUCCCGGAGCAACGCCGCGGGCGUGUCAGCAAGCUGCUAAGCCGCUUCGGCCAGGAGGACCCACCCCCGCGACCGCUCAGGUCCCUCAGCACCGAGAACCUCGCCGAUGGUUCCUACGAACGCCCCCUGGCAGCAAGGAAACCGCCCGGCUCGGCCCAGCACCGUAGUGGCACACCCAGCCCUCCCCGCGACCUGCCGGGCCUGACCCCCUCGCGGCAUCCCUUCACCGUGGCUUCCUACCGCAGCCAGUUCGAAGCCAGGUCCGAGGCCUGGCCAGAGAGCCCACCGCGGCGCUCGCCCACCGGCAAAGCAUGGGGCAGGGAGGCCGCCUCGCCAGAGAGGGGAGCCAGGCAUGAUGGUGGCAGCCCUGGCACAAUGGUGCCGGGCCCUCGGAGCAGGGAGGCCAAUUCACCGGACAGGGGAGCCUGGCACUGUGGAAGCACAUUGGCCGUGGUGCCAGGGCCUCAAGGCACAGAGGCCACCUCGCCAGAGACGGGAACUAGGGGUGAUGGCAGUGCCAUGGCGCCAGGACAGCGAGGCAGGGAAGCCGCCUCACCGGAGAGGGGAGCCAGGCCUGGUGGCGGUGCAUUGGCGGUGGGGCCGGGCCUACAAGCCAGAGAAGCCGCCUCACCGGAGAGGGGAGCCAGGCCUGGUGGCGGGGCAUUGGCGGUGGGGCCGGGCCUACAAGCCAGAGAAGCUGCCUCACCGGAGAGGGGAGCCAGGCUUGGUGGCGGUGCAUUGGCGUUGGGGCCGGGCCUACAAGCCAGAGAAGCCGCCUCACCGGAGAGGCGUGACGGUGGUGGCGGUGGCUCAGGUGCGGUGAUACUGGGCCCGCCGGGCAGAGACGUCACCUCUCUGGACAGGAGUGGCAGGGGGGACAAUGGAGACGCCUCAGCCUCAGGCCUGCCCGUCGACACCAUAUUGGAUGCCGAGGCCCAGGCCAAAGCCGUGGCCAGCCUGCGCCUCCAUUCGCGCAACUCCUUCGUGGUGGUGCCGCGCCGGGCGGCCGCCUCCCCUCCCCCAGACCCCGGCGAGGCUCGGCAGGAAACCAGCACUUCUCCUCCAAAGGCUGCCGCUGCUCCGGCCUCCACUUCCUCCUCCUCCUCCCCCAGCCGUGAGCAGCUUCCCCUCCCGGCCAGCGCCGAGGAGCCGGCCGAGGGGGAGGCCAUGAGGCGCGGGGGCCGGGGGCCCCGGGAGCUGGGGGGCCCCUCCACCCUGCCCCACCCAGCCGUGCAGCGCCGAAGCGGCAACACCAUCACCAUCAAUCCCCGCAAGGUGCCGGUGCCAGCCGUGGAGAACGGCGUCGAGGGCGAGGGGGGCUCCGCGGCGCCCGAGAAGGCGGCCAGCGCCCCACUGAAGAAGCGCUACCCCACGGCGGAGGAGAUCCAGGUGAUCGGGGGCUACCUGUCCCUGUCGAAAUCCUGCCUGGCCAAGAACGACCCCCACCGCAAAAAGUUGAAGAUCUCGUUCAGCGAGAGCCAGCUGGAGCGCACCUUCCAGUACCCAUCCGAGGGGUCCCUGCUGGAGGAGUUUGGGCCCCCCGAGGAGUCGGACGCGCCGGCCUGUGCCAACCCCCACGGGGAGGACGACGAGGAAGAGGAGGAGCUGCUGCUUCUCCAUCGCGGCCUGCCGGGUGUGCUCAGGACCAAAUCCCUCAUCGUGGAUGAAUCCUGCAGGCGGUAACCCCGCAGAACCCCCCCUCAUGGUGGGGGGACCGGGCGGGUACAGAAGGUGCCCUGCCACGACUGGGUCCCGACUGGCCCCUUCUCUUUCGUCUUCCAGUAAAAUCCCAGCAAGAACAAGGACUGGAGGGAGGUUGGCUCCAGUCCCCCUGGCUGUGGCUAGGCCAGAGCAGCCACCCUCCCGUUUGACUGCUCCCCUAAGGUCCAGCAGGGGGGAUGAGACCAACAGAAAAACAGCAUCGAGAGAGCCUUCAGGAACAAACCCACUGCAGCCAGCAGGGGGCACUCUGCACCACCCAGACUGUGCUGGGAGAGCCCAUUUCCACUGGGGGCGCUCUGCAUCACGUGGACUGUGCUGGGAGAGCCCAUUCUCACUGCAGCCAGCGGGGGGGGGGAGGCGGCUCUCUGAACCAUGUGGACUGUGCUGGGAAAGCCCAUUCUCACUGCAGCCAGCGAGGGGCGCUCUAAACCCCAUGGACUUUAUUGCCACCGAGAGGUCACCUGGCCUACCUUCAGCCAAAGGUUAAAGAUCACAUCCCCUCCUGAAGAUGGGUAUGGGUGGGGGGUGGCAAAGAAAACCAACCCCCCACCAUACACACAUGCAUUUUUUGUAACUCUUGAAUCCUUUUUCUAGGGGACAUCAUCCAGAAGGGAGAACUUUUGUUUCCCAAUUUUUACUUCCUAAUAAUGCUGCCGGGGUGGUCAGAGUUAAGGGGAUUGUA